CGCCCAGAGCUCAAGCGGAAAGUACCUGGUGUGCAAAAGGAAGCUGGAGAGUAAAAAGGAAGCCUUGCUGAUCCUUUCCAAGGAACUGGACACAUGCCAACAGGAAAGGGACCAGUACAAGCUCAUGGCCAAUCAGCUGCGAGAGCGCCACCAGUCCCUGAAGAAGAAGUACCGAGAGCUGAUCGAUGGAGAUCCAUCACUUCCCCCUGAAAAGAGGAAGCAGGCUAAUCUUGCACAACUGUUGAGAGAUUCUCAGGAUCGAAAUAAACAGCUGGGAGAAGAAAUUAAAGAACUUCAGCAAAGGCUUGGAGAAGUCCAGGGCGACAAUAAGCUCUUGAGGAUGACAAUCGCCAAACAGAGGCUCGGAGAUGAAGAAGUUGGCACUCGGCACUUUGCCGCCCAUGAACGUGAAGACUUGGUCCAGCAACUGGAGAGAGCGAAGGAGCAGAUUGAGUCUCUGGAGCAUGACCUGCAGGCUUCUGUGGAUGAGCUUCAGGAUGUCAAGGAAGAGCGGUGUUCCUACCAGCACAAGGUGGAGAGGCUUAACCAGGAGCUCAACCACAUCCUGGGCGGGCAUGAGAACCGGAUCAUCGACGUGGACGCCUUGUGUAUGGAGAACAGGUAUCUUCAAGAGAGAUUAAAACAGCUUCAAGAAGAGGUCAACCUCUUGAAAUCUAACAUCGCCAAAUACAAGAAUGCUCUCGAACGGCGGAAAAACUCCAAAGGCCAGGGUAAAUCCAGCAGCAGUGCUUUGACAGGAGUCCUCUCUGCAAAGCAAGUUCAGGAUCUGUUAUCUGAGGAUCAGGGAUGCAGUCUCCCGGCUACACCGCAGUCCAUUUCGGAUCUGAAAUCUCUAGCCACGGCCCUCUUGGAGACAAUCCAUGAGAAGAACAUGGUCGUCCAGCACCAGAGACAGACCAACAAAAUCCUAGGGAACCGGGUAGCUGAACUGGAGAAAAAAUUAAGAACUCUGGAAGUUUCUGGUUUGUGGAGUCUUCCAGGCCUGAGCUACAAUGUUUCAAUAGGAUUUGGGAGGAGCAAGGAGACCCUACUUUUCAGUGACCCCACUCUGCCCCCCAUUCAGAGGUCAAGAUCCCCACUGCUGAAGUUCGUUGAGUCACCUUCUGAGACCAAAGUGAAUUCCAAGGAUGGGGAGAUUCAGAAGCAAGAAGAUGAAAGUGGUGCCGCCGCUGAGGCGUUGACCGCGCCGGAAGAUGCCGGGAGGCCUGCUGUCAGCUUGCUAGCAAAUCAGAAACAAAGCAAGCGCGUUCAUCCUUCAUUGCCCCAGCUACCUUCUGAGGAACCAGAAGUCAGCAGGCUCGGAAGGGGAAUAAUGAAACUGACAGAGGAGCGGACCGUUGCAGAGCCAGAAGGAGUCAGGAGAGAGAAUCUGGUGGACAACGAGCGGGGCAAGACGGGUUCCCCCCCACCAGGCCUGGCCUCCAAGGGGGGGCCCCCCAAGUCCUGUCAGAACCCUUUUGAGUCCAGCCAGACGGCGGCUGAAGCUUCCACCCUGCGAGACGGCCAGGAAACACCAGAGGGUGGAGGGAGCACUGUGAAAACUUGAGGGGCGUGAGAGAGCGGGCCUGGUGACAUGCCAACAACUUGGGGGACAGUAAAGAUGGGCACAUCAGAACAGCUUGCCCAAGCUGCUAGCUCCUGUAACUAACACCUCAGAGUCUGGAAGUGAGAAAAGACAGGGAUCCUGUUGCAAACUGUGACCAUUCUGAUGAUGCCAGCACAGUUUGAUUUAUUAAACGCGGGUCCUCGAGCUUCUCGGUGUCAUCUCUUUCUACCGAAGACGUGCUGCUGUGAACAUGGCCGGGCAUGGAAUCGUGUUGGCCAUCUGGCUGCUUGUCGGCGUUCAUCUUUCUGUCAGCAUUUGUUUUAUUAGAGAUAAGAUGUUUUUCUAUUAGUGUUUAAUGUUGUCUAUCAAAAUUAUGGGAAGAGCUUGAAGCGGAUGGGUUUUUAAUCAGGUCCCGUCUUUGUUGUGGCCAGGCGGCUGGAGAGAAAGGUGUAAUUGAGCCUAAUGGGUUCCAGAGGGCCCACAGCUCCACUUCAUCAUGUCAGAGCCCAGGAGACCCUCUCAGCACGGGUAUUCUUGGCAACCUGCCCGCUCACUCUGUCGCGGCACCAACUGGCAGGUGGAGAGGGGCUUAAGUGGGCUCAGAAGGUCGGGCUUCCGGUUGGAAAUCCACAGCCCCUGUUGAGACAUGUUUGCUGAUAGAGCUGAGUUUUCCAGCCUGUAAUUCUGGAGGAUUAAUUGACCCGGGUGAUGGGGGAAGAAACAGGAGUCCCUUGGUGUGUUGAUGUUUUGCCUCUGAGAUGUGCACUAGAGCGGGGAAGUGCAGGUUCUCUCCAUUCAGCCUGUGCUGCAUAGAAGCUUCUAUGCCGGUUGGGGUCAGGGCAAGUAAAAGUUGCUUAGGACCAACCCAGUUUCCUGAAACUUCAAUCCCUGGGUUCCUCCGGCAAACUGUUCAAGCUGCCUCCCUCGGCCCAGCAAGUCUAGGUUCUUAAAGAGGAGACACAGAGCUUAUGGCCUGGUAGUGAAAGAGAGGAAGACAAAACAGCUUUAUUACCGCCUGUCUGGCUGCUGGGCCCAGUGCAGCCCCGGGGAGGGAGUGGUCAGCCUGACCUGUUCUUUCCUUCAGGAUAAAAUUAGCUUCUUAAGGCAGCAUCAAACAAUAGGCCUUUUUUUUUUUUUUCCAGCUGAACCCAGCUCAUUUCCCCAGGAAAGCCUGCUACCAGAUCCCGAAGCUCAAAACUCCCCUCCAAACCAUAAUUUCCUUUGAGACCUUCUCCCUCAAGAUAAAAACAAGUGCCUGAGAUGGGAGGGCUGGAAACUUCACCCUAAAAAUCAGAUGUCUUUACGGGCUUGCAGUUGCAGGUGUCAAGCCUGCCCCAGGGUGGCCAGUGCCUCCUGACACUUGGGAUCACACUUCACCUCCUGACUCUCUCCGUGCACAGAGUAGGCGCCAUCAGAGUUUCUGUCUGUGAAGAAAGGAAGUGCAGACGAGGGUCUGGUCCUCCCCGAGGGCACCCUGGGUAGAGCUCCAGCUGCUGUCUUCCUACUCACCAGAGGUCACCCCCCCCCAACGUGAAAUGGGGUCAAUACUCUGUAGUCGCAGGAGCUGGCCCCCACCACCCACCUGCCCACCUGGCUCCAGUGCCCCAUUCAGCCUUCCAGCCUCGCGCUCCCCACCCCAGACACCCCCACCUCGCUGGCCGUUGGGGAGGGCACUUCUGCAGCUGCAGAUCUCAAACAGGCCAGCAGCCACAGAAAUAAUUUUCCUGCCGCAUGAAGCCUUAACUGUCUGCAAAUGUUCAGCACCACUGCAUAGGACGCCAGAGCCACCAAAGGAAAGCACAGCCAGAUUUAAUACAAUAAUAAUGAAAAGCUCUCGCUGCUGAAGCUCGGGUUUGACACGCGGUCAGCCAGGUGCACAUACUUAGGGCUCAUUCGUCACCUUCUGGAAGGAGGCUUUAUCAUAAACAGCCUGGGCAGGAGAACGCCGUGAGUCCUGGAGGGGGUGUGGGGGGGUUUCAGGGUUGGGUGUGCACAUAUCAGGGAGCAGUGACCGAAACUCAUCAGCAGUCAGCCUGGUGGGGGCUGGAUGGUGUGGGUGGGCACAGUGGGGGCCGAUGCUCUGGUUCUGUCACGUGUGCAGCCUUGACAGUGCCCCAGACACACAAGACACUCUCCCAUUUUGUUGUCCCAACCCAGCAUGGUUCUUCUGUCCCACAGACAUUAAAGAGUUUCAGCUGUUACUUAUGGUUGCCUUUUGUCAUUCUCAUUAUAAUUGAGAAAACAAGCUGCUUUCUCUCCCCUACUCCACCAGACAGCCCUGCCCCAGGAAGGGAGCCUGAGCUACAGUUCCCACGUAAAGAAACUUAAGCAGUCAGGAAACAGUGCGUAACAAGGAUAUCAGAAGUAGGGUGUUGCAGGGCGCUUCUUUAUCAAGGAUCUGGGUUUCUGGCUUCCUGCCUCGCUCUCAGGACCUCCCUCAUGCUACCAGGUGGCUGCAACCACUCCUGACAUCACCUGUUCUCAUACUGUGUCCAAAGGAAGUUUCUCCAUGUGCACGUGUGUGUGUGUGUGUGUGUGUGUAUUUUGAGAGCAAGAAAACCACUUCUUGGGACAUUUCAUUGACCGGAAUUGCCACAUGCCUCUAUCUAAACUCACCCCUGGCAAGGGAGGUGAAAUGACUGCGAUGGCUCGAAGUUCAUCGAGAUUGUGCUCUAAACUGGGACAGGGUCUGUUCCUGGACCUGUGGACUCUGGCAGGCGACACCUGAACAGAAUCAGGGUUUGAGAAGUGGGGAGCGGGGCAGACAUAAGGCAGUAGCUUUAUCUCUGAGCCACACGUGUCUGUUUUUGUUCUGUUUGACUUUUCCUGAAAAAGCCAGAAUAUUAUACUGAUGAGCUUUGGGCUUGGGGGGAGGACAGUGGCUUGUUUCCCUCUUUGUGAAGAGAAGGUCCCCGUCUCUCCCUGCUUCCUUUAUCAUCUGUCCUAUUUCAUAGCUGGAACAUUCCCACCUUGUUUAACUCCUCAAGUGUGUCUGUCCUUCCAUUAUUUUUCCAGCUCGGUUGCCAGCAGACUGCAGAACAGUCUGGAUAAAUGAAACAGAGCUGACAGGUCUCUUAAUGAAAGCUUGUUUGCACACACUGCAUUUCUCCUGAGCACUCUGUACCUGGAGUCUUCAGGUGUGGAUUUUUACAUAUGAGUGUUUGUCGUGCUUUUAAUUAAGUCCUGUGGAAAUGGAUUGGCUUUUGUAAGCCAGGCAUUUCUCACCCCUAACUCCUUCUCUUCCAUGCCUCUUCUGCCCACCUUCCUCCCUCCUUCCCCUUUCUGCUUCCCUCUAUCAGCUCUUUGAGAAGCCUCUGUAGCGAGGAGCUCCUGAUGGCAUUCAUCUGGCUCCCCGCUGGAACCUCCUGGCAGUUGGCAAUCUUAAAUAUGCAAAAUUAGCUUUCCCCUCCUUGUUCCUCUUCUCUGCCCUGGCUCCCAAGCACACAUCACCAUCACGAUGUGAUGUCCUAAGAAAGGGUUCUGGUCUCAGUCAUUCACGUGCAGGAGUGCAAGUCUGGUUGUUAUUCAAUUGGGACGUUUGCACUCCAAUUUGCCAUUUGACAUCAAAGGUGCAGUCUCCUCUUAAAUGGUUUUCAAAGAACAGCUACCUGCUUAUUGGGGUGAUCUUCACGUGAAAUGACAUGCCUAAGCCCCUCUUGGUUUUCUGCUCCUCAAAAGAAUGUUGCUCUCUGCAGGUUCCAUUUUUCCCUUACCCUUGUGGAUGGUGUGGUACACUACGUUGUGUUUGCAAAAGGUGUCUGGUUGAGCUCCGCCCUCUGCUCCCUGCCUACAUUCUGGAAACCUCCUCAUUUAACAGCCUUUUCUCGUAAUGGUAUUGAGGCUAACUUCACAUGCUCCUUUAGGCUGUCAAAAAGGCAAAGGCUUCCCCUCCACUCUCUCCUUUAACAUGCUCCUUUUUUCCAGAUGUCUUUCUGGACAGGGGAAAACUUGUGGAGCAGAGAAAUGCAAUGGAGAACUCAGUAGUAAAUCUGAUUAGAAAAAGAAACAGAAAAUAAAAAGGACCCAGCUUGAUGCUACGGUUGCUCACAAAAACAGAGCAAGCUGAUCCACAUGAAAGCAAUUUACGAGAUUGUUAGCGAACAUUGCCUGGCGCCUCACGUCACCCCUUUAGUAAACGAGCGUGUGUUUGGAUGCUCCCGGAAAGUGCGUGGUACUGACAAGUUUGACCUUCUGGAGUGUAUGCAAGCCCGAGAGUACAUUUUGGAUCUUGGAGAAGGCCAGUGGUAGCCUAUGAAAUGGAAAACACUUGGCUUAUCAAAAAUAAGAAGUAAACCAGCUCCUGUUUUGUAGUUUAAUUUAGAGAAAGAAGUAACUUCUAUUCAUGUGCAGACCUUGCGUUACUGAAUUCGAUAAUCAUCGUGUAUCAUAACUAUAUCUUGUUUUGUUACCUGAAAUAAAAAUGCGGUUAUC